AUGACACCAACCGGAAUCUUAUGACUAGGUGGUGAAAUCAACUACAAUAGGUAUCGGAUUAAUUUUGCAUUACCUCCUGGAAUAUCGAUUGAGGAAACAAUUAACUCAUUGAAGCAAAUCUGCAAUAUAAAAGAAAUAAUUAUGAAUAACACAAUCAAAAUGAAGGCAAGUUUCACAGUCUUAAUUUUAUACCAGAAGCAAAAUACACAAUAUAUGCUGAAUUUAAUUCACUAG